AUGAAGCCCUCGCUGCGCAUGCAUGGAUUGGUGCAGCACAUGAACGCCGUGGCCCAGCAGCUGGGAUUGGAUAUGCUGACGGCGAAGAAGGAGUACAUCUUUCGCACCUGGGUCACAAUAUCGGCGCCGUUCACCUAUACCGUCUUUGGCGUCUACUGGGGCUUCAUGGAGGCGCGCCGGAGCUGGAUGGAUGGCAUCAAGUCCUUCAUUAUGCUCGGCGGCCUCGUGAGCGGUUCGGCCAAGCUGCUCACCACACUGCUCAGGCAUGCGCCCAUCAGGGAUCUGUUCUAUUUCAUUAUCCAGAUAUGCGAGGAGUACGAGCAGCGCGGCGUCGACUUCAUCCACGCCCUCAACUUCGGCAUCGAUCGGGUGUACAAAAUCAAGCGCAUCAUUUACGUCGGCUAUUCGAUCACGUUUCUCAUAAUGCUGCUGACGCCCCUGGUGCUGCUCCUCUGCAAGGGCAUACGCAUCACCGUCAUGCCGUAUCAGAUACCGGGCCUGUCCAUCGACUCGAAUAUCGGCUACUGGCUCACGUAUCUGCAGCACACGGUACCGGAGGUGGUGGGUGGCAUUGGCUUCUAUUUGGGCGACAUGCUGGUGCUGCUCGCCCUCAUCCAGAUCCGGACCUAUGCCGACAUUUUCCAGCUGAAGGCGACUGCAUUGAACGACGCACUCGAGCGCAAGGAGCAGUCCAGAUAUGUCUGCAGCGUCGGCCAGUAUGAAGACUUCAACAUACAAGCGCUGCUCAUGGACUUGAUCGACUGGCAUCAGCUAUUCGUUGACUACUGCGAGCUGGUCGAGAAGAUCUAUGAUAAUCUGAUCGCCGCUCAGGUGUUGUCCGCCUCGGUCUCGAUUGUGAUUUGCCUGUGCGUGAACCUGAAUGAGUUUGACCUGAUCUCGGCCAUCUUCUUCCUGGUUAGCGCCUAUUCGAUGUCUGUCUACUGCAUUGUGGGCACCCAAAUCGAAUUCGCUUACGACCAGGUGUACCAGACCGUUACCUGUCUGAGCUGGCACGAGCUAAACUGCGAUCAGCGCAAAUUAUAUAGGAUGAUGCUGCAGCGGGCGCAGAACAUGAAAAUCAUCGUACUGCUCGGCCUAGUGCCGCUCAGCCUGAGAACGGCACUGCAGGCAAGCGAGUUGGAUUUAUUUUGGUAAUCGAUUAGCUAAACUUAAUAUUUG